AGCUAAACUUAUUUUAUAUUCGGCAAUGACAUGUUUAAAUUUAGUAGACAGAGCAAUUUUAAAGUUCUGCAUUUGGUGGCCAGCAAGUCGAACUUCUCCCAGAGAGCCAGAAUCGAGACAAAGAUCGUGGACCUGCCCGUGGGCAAGGUGAAGGGCAAAUUUCAGGUUGGCAUAUGUGGCCAUGAAUACUAUAGUUUUGAGGGCAUACCCUUUGGCAAUCCGCCUAUUGGGAAGCUGCGCUUUUGCGCGCCGCAGCCGGCGGAUCCCUGGUGUGGCAAGGUCUUGGACUGUCUGGAGGAGCGUUCGCGUCCCGUACAGUCGGAAAACUCUUCUGGCUGCACGAUAGGCGCUGAGGAUUGUCUCUACUUGAACGUGUAUACCAAACAUUUCGAUACGGCAAAAUCGCCGCUACCGGUCAUAGUCUAUAUUCAUGGUGGCGGCUUUAAAACAGGCGGCGCCACAAGGGUUAAGUAUGGCCCAGACUUUCUGAUGCGCGAGGACAUUGUCUAUGUGCAGUUCAGUUAUCGGCUGUGCGCCUUGGGUUUCCUACUUCUAAGCUGCCCCGAUCUGGGCGUACCGGGCAAUGCUGGCCUGCAUGAUCAGCUUCUGGCGCUGCGUUGGACCCAGAAGUAUAUCUCGCACUUUAAUGGAGAUCCAAAGAAUGUAACCUUAAUGGGCACCAGUGCGGGUGCCGCCUCUGUGCACUUUAUGAUGUGCCUGCCGGAGGCAUGUGGUCUGUUUCAGCGGGCCAUCAUAAUGUCCGGGGCCAUGACAUGUCCCUGGGUUCAGGUGCCGAAUACGGACUCCUUGUUUUGCCGUCUGGCCAACAUCAAGGGUUACAGGGGCGUCAUGUUGGAGUCGCCAAUUUUAGAGUUCCUACGCUCGCUCCCCGCUGAGGAGCUGGUACAGCACGAACUUUUCGGUCCACGGGAAUAUAUUUUUGGGCACUUGUAUCCCUUUGUGCCUACGCUGGAGUACCAAUCGGGUGUUGAAGGCUUGCUAAAACGCCCCUUUCUGCAGAUGAUGCGAGACGCUUGGUCUAAGGAGGUGCCAUUGCUAAUGGGUGGCACCUCUUUCGAGGGUCUGGUCAUGUAUCCCCACUGCAAGAUCAACAAUUGUUUCAUGCUGCAGCUGCUCAAGCAGGAGCCAGCGCUGGUGCUGCCCUAUGAUGUGUACCGCAGGCAUACAAUGAAAGACCUGAAUGAUCGCGCUAUGGAACUGAUAAACUUCCAUUUUGGACGUGGGGACAUCAAUGUGAACAAUAUUAUGCAAAUUCUGGACCUUUUCAGUUAUAAACUCUUCUGGCAUUGCAUACAUCGUGUCGUGCUCUCCAGACUCGCCUUUGCUCAGGCGCCCACCUAUCUCUACCGGUUUGACUUUGAUUCGCCUCACUACAAUUUGAUGCGGAUCAAACUAUGCGGGAAUGACAUAAGGCGUGGGGUUUGCCAUGCCGAUGAAUUGGGUUACAUGUUUCCCAGGGAGAGCGUUCGGAAGAAGCCCUUGAAUGAAGCGGAGAGUUUGACUAUACACCGAAUGGUGGGUAUUCUGACAUCAUUCGCACGCACGGGAGAUCCAAACUGUGUAGAAACCGAGACGGAAAACUGGAGGCCUGUGGAUAGAGAAAAUCCAUUUGAUGUAAUGAAUAUUGGGCACAAAGUAGAGUUUCAGCCUCAGUGUGAAAGGGCCGGUAUUAAAGUAUGGAAUAGUAUCUACGAUAAUGACAAACAUCUUCUUUAUGGUGGAUGACAAUUGCUUUGAGCUCACUUUAAAUUUCAUAGGUCAUUUUAA